UUGCGUCUCCUUUCAACCAACACGCCCAAGUGACCGCAUCUCAACAAUUUGGGUUGGCAUUGUAGAGAUCACCGGCACAAUGCCUAUCCCAAUCAUUUCGGAGGGUCUUUUCGAAGGCUUUGACUCUGUACCCUAUCUGCCUACCGUUCUGAAGACCGUACCGGCACUUUUAUUGGUUUAUCUUCUGAAAAGGUACUUUGGAGGAGCUGUAAAUAAAUCGGAGCGACUUAUGCGAUCCAAGGUGGUUAUGAUAACCGGUGGAACAUCAGGUGUUGGGGCCAGCGUGGCUCGUGAACUCGCCCAACGAGGAGCCCAAGUGAUCCUUUUGACGCAGCAUCCUCCAUCCGAUCCUUUUCUUGCCGAAUACAUUGAGGACCUGCGAGCAACGACUAAUAAUGAGCUCGUCUACGCGGAGCAGGUUGAUCUGUCUUCUUUACAUUCGAUAAGACUUUUCGCGACGAAAUGGGUAGACAAUGCCCCGCCACGACGCCUCGACAUGAUCAUUCUCUGUGCGGCGACUAUGACGCCGCCUAGAAGUAAACCUGAAGUUACCAAAGAUGGACUCGAAGCGAGCUGGGGCAUCAACUAUCUCGCAAACUUUCAUUUGCUGUCGAUUUUGAGUCCAGCAUUACGAGCCCAACCUCCCGAUAGAGAUGUCCGUGUUAUCUUUGGAACUUGCUCAAGCUACAUGGGAGGAAAUAUCGACCAAAAGGUGAAGAAGCAGAAAUAUGCGAGCACAAAUGUCUAUGGGACGAGCAAAUUAGCCUUGAUGGUAUUUGCGCAAGCAUUCCAAAAGCAUCUUGAGGCGUACAAGCGGCCCGAUAGUCAGCCAAACAACACACGUGUCGUUUUAGCAGACCCCGGAUGGUCACGCACACCGGGGAUGCGCAGGUGGUUAACAGCUGGAUCACUAUGGGGGCUGUUUUUCUAUCUCAUCAUGUGGCCUUUCUGGUGGUUGGUGCUAAAAUCUCCAGACCAAGGCGCACAGAGUUUUCUGCUCGCUGCCAUGGAGGCAGAUCUUGGAAGGGGAGCAGGUGGCCGCAUGAUAAAAGAGUGCAGAGAUAUUGCUUACGUGCGACCAGAAAUCAAAGAUGACAACGCGGCCAAGGAUUUGUGGGCGUUAUCUGAGAAGCAAAUUGAGACGUUGGAGAAAGAGGGCGCCAUCAAAAGGACCCAAGAGAAGAAGGAGAAGGAAAAACGAGAGAAAACGGAGAAGGCCACCACGGAUGGUGGUUUACAGAGUGAGAACCGAGCCGAUCAGUCGAGAAAGGCUGGAUCUCGAAGAAGUCGCAAAGCUGCGUAAGGAAAUAUUAGGGACCUGGGAUGGCAUGUUUAUCUUGUGGUGUGUUCCAAAAGUAUCUUUACAAAAUUCAUAGCGUUUGGCGUUGGCGAUGGUAUACCGUUGCAUACAAAAUGCCGAAGUGUAAAUAUUUAUCUCGGUCGCUGAGGUCCAAAAGGGUAUAUACUAUGAGUACCAUAGAUAAAUACAAUUUGAACUUAUCAAGUGGGAUGUCAUCCAGGAGUAGAAAAUGGGAGACAGAUAAUGCCACGAACACAAGCCGUUGAGCCAUUGCAAAGGUCGAGAUGAGGGCUAGAAAGGGAG